UGAGUUUGUUUCUUUAUAAGGAACACCAUUUCUCUUAUUCCCUUUUGUCUUUUCUUCCGUCUCGUCUCUGUCCUUUCGAGUCUCUCUCUCUCUGAUUUCUCUUUGGAUCUUCAACAUGAGUGGGGUUCAUGAAGGUGACUCUGUAACCAUUGGAAAACUCAAGCAAUUGCAGGCUGAUUUCGCCAAAGAAAGGGAUUGGGAUCAAUAUCACAGCCCAAGGAACCUUCUCUUGGCUAUGGUGAAUGAAGUGGGAGAAUUGUCCGAGAUAUUUCAGUGGAAAGGUGAGAUUAAAAGGGGACUUCCAGAGUUUAAAGAGGAAGAAAAAGUUCAUCUUGGAGAAGAGCUUUCUGAUGUGUUGCUUUACCUUGUUCGUCUCUCUGACAUUUGCGGUGUUGAUCUUGGCAAAGCUGCUUUGAGAAAAGUUGAAAUGAAUGCUAUCAAAUAUCCUGCAAAAGUUAAUAAAGAAGUCACAAACAAGGAAGAUGAAGUUGAAAACUCUACCUCAGCUAAUAAUGGUACUGCUUGAAGGGUGUGGCUGUAUGAGGGUGACACAUUGGAGGAGUUAGUGUUAUGGUUUUUAUUCCAUUUUGCAUUGAAACUGAUAUUAGGUGCUUUUAUUUUUCUCACUGAUUUUGUUAAUGUUAUCUAACUCCUUUUCAAGUGUGAAAUAUGCUGAACUAUAUAUUUUAUCCAUUUUAAGGAGGUUUAAAUUUUUGGGAAA